AUGUCCGGACCAAAGUCAACCACAGCAACUGCUCGCAAUGGCACCACAAGCUCAUCUCUCAGCCAAAACAACGUCAGUCAAGUUCCACGCGCCAGCCGUAACAGCAUCGAUCGGUUUACCGGAGCACCUGCGUCAGAAGGGCCGUACUACGUCGGUGCCCGGACAGAGGAACGAUCGACCCACCUCACAGGAUUAUCAAAUCAAGUGAAUGCCAUGGAUGAUAUCCUAAAGAGUCGAAGCUAG